GAGUCCUGGGAUUAAUCCUCGGCCAACGCAGCCGUGCGUCAAGCCGUGGUUUGAUGUCCAAGCCGCGCGUAUCAGACAACUCUGUCGCGAUUCAGUGUUAUCGUGAUUGUGUUUACUUUUAUAAAUAUAUCAUCCAUGUAUGUACAUUAUGUAAAUAUCCUUCAGCUUUAAUCAAUCUGUUCUUAAAUUAUCGACGCUCAUUAAUAUUAUUAUUAUUUGAUACAUAUAUCACAUGGGCUUAGAUCGUUUAAUUACUUUUAUGAUUUGUGUGCAAUGAUUAGUGUCAAAUAUUGGAGGCUUAUUUAUUAAAAUUUUAUUUAUUGUUAUUUAUAAAUAAUAACAAUAUUUUUUAAUUUAUAACGGGAUUGGAUUUGUUGUGACAUAAUUGAUUUUAAUUAUUCAGUAUUCAAGAUUACGGAUUAUUAAUAUGAAGACUGAGGGAGAGGAGGUAAUAGAGGGAGAAUGCGAAGCAACAAGGACGGGGACAGCGACAGGAACAACGACUACGGGAAUGAUUUCGGACUUGUCACCUGGCCCAGGAGUAAUGGAGUGCGGUGGCUGUGGAGAGCGAGUUCGCGAGAGAACUGUCCUGUGCGUCGGCGGGAGAACAUGGCACUCGAGGUGUUUAAGGUGUUGUGCAUGCGCCAGGCCUCUUCAUGAUCAGCACUCCUGUUUCCUUAGAGGGAUGAGGCUUUACUGCAGGCACGACUACGCUUUAGCAUUCGGUGCUAAGUGCGCUAAGUGCGGACGAAGUGUAAGCGCCGGUGACUGGGUGAGAAGAGCAAGGGAGAGAGUCUACCACUUGGCUUGUUUCGCGUGCGACGCUUGUUCACGACAACUCUCUACUGGCGAACAAUUCGCCUUGUUGGAUACACGAUUGCUAUGCAAGGCCCACUAUCUUGAUGUUGUCGAGGGCAACAACACCUCGUCUGAUGAAGGUGGUGAUUCCGAAAGCGGACACAAAGGUGGUAACAAAGCCAAACGCGUGCGAACAACCUUCACCGAGGAGCAAUUGUCCGUACUCCAGGCAAAUUUUCAAUUAGACAGCAACCCCGAUGGCCAGGACCUCGAAAGGAUAGCUCAUGUGACAGGACUCAGUAAAAGAGUCACUCAAGUCUGGUUUCAAAACUCUCGAGCUAGACAGAAAAAGCACUUACACACCGGGAAAAUGAAAGGCCAACAUUCUCACCAGUCACCCCCGAAUUCUUCCGCUACAACUGGAGACUUCGGCAGGCAUAUAAACUUGCAUUUAACUUACUCAUUCCAACAUCAGCAACAGCACCAACACAAUCAGGGGCAUCCAAACCAAUUAAGUCCUGCCGCGUGCAAAAGUCCCACUCCGUCGAUGUAUCAUAACCACGUUUUUUCAGGCUCCGAGCAGUCGAUGGACGAACUUUCCCAGGACUCAAUGAUGCUUACUAUGUCGAAUGAAGUAUAGGAAAAUAGGAUGAUAUUUGUUUUAAAUUUUCUAAUUAUUCUCACUUUUGUAAAUAUAUCUAUUGUUGUUAAAAUAUAUGUCA